AUGCACGUUCGGUGUAAGAACUGUGGCCACCACGAAGAUCUUCAGGUCGAUGGUGGUUUCUCGGGUGUUCAACUUCCCAGAAGAUGUGGCCGACAGCAGCAGCCCGGCGACCCUCAGUCGGAACCCUGCCCACUAGACCCAUACGUUGUGUCGCACGAAAAAUGUCAAUUCGUCGACCAACAGGUUCUUAAGCUCCAGGAAGCGCCUGAUCAAGUGCCUGUUGGUGAGCUUCCCAGACACGUCCUUAUCUCGGCCGACCGUUACCUGGCCAACCGCGUGGUGCCUGGUUCCCGCUGCACAGUGAUGGGUAUCUUCUCUAUCUACCAGUCCUCCAAGGGUGGCAAGAAGGAUGGCGCUGUGGCUAUCCGCAACCCGUACUUGCGGGCGGUGGGCAUUAGCAGUGAUCUGGAUCAUACCGCGAAGGGUAGCGCCAUCUUCUCUGAAGAGGAAGAGCAGGAGUUCUUGGAACUGAGCCGGCGUCCUGACUUGUAUGAUGCUCUUGCUAAAAGCAUUGCCCCGUCCAUCUACGGCAACCUGGAUAUCAAGAAGGCCAUUGUCUGCCUGCUCAUGGGUGGUUCUAAGAAGCUUCUUCCCGACGGAAUGAAGCUUCGUGGUGAUAUCAACGUACUUCUCCUUGGUGACCCUGGUACAGCCAAGUCACAGUUGCUCAAGUUCACUGAGAAGGUCUCCCCGAUUGCGAUCUAUACAUCUGGUAAGGGUUCUUCGGCAGCAGGUUUGACGGCCUCGGUCCAGCGCGACCACGCUACUCGCGAAUUUUACCUGGAAGGAGGUGCCAUGGUGCUCGCAGACGGUGGUGUUGUUUGUAUCGAUGAGUUCGACAAGAUGAGAGACGAGGACCGUGUGGCUAUUCACGAAGCCAUGGAGCAGCAGACCAUUUCCAUCGCCAAGGCCGGAAUUACUACUAUUCUCAACUCUAGGACGUCUGUUCUGGCCGCAGCCAACCCUAUCUUCGGUCGCUAUGAUGACCUCAAGACUCCUGGUGAGAACAUCGACUUCCAGACGACAAUCUUGUCUCGUUUCGAUAUGAUCUUCAUUGUCCGCGAUGAUCACGAGCGCAGCCGUGAUGAAAGCAUAGCCAGACACGUCAUGGGUGUGCAUAUGGGCGGUCGGGGUGUUGAAGAGCAAGUUGAGGCUGAAAUCCCGUUGGAUAAGAUGAAGCGCUACAUCAGCUAUUGUCGCACUCGCUGUGCGCCCCGUCUCUCGGAUGAAGCUGCUGAGAAGCUGUCAUCGCACUUUGUCACCAUCAGAAAGCAAGUCCACCGUGCUGAACUCGACGCCAACACCCGCUCUUCCAUUCCCAUCACCGUUCGUCAGCUUGAAGCUAUCGUCCGUAUUACCGAAUCGUUGGCCAAGUUGAGUCUGUCGCCCGUCGCCACUGAGGCCCAUGUCGACGAAGCCAUUCGUCUCUUCUUGGCCUCUACCAUGGACGCUGUCACUCAAGGUGAGGGCCAGGGUAGCAAGGAGAUGAUGGAGGAAGCAAGCAAGAUCGAAGACGAACUGAAGCGCCGCCUACCUAUUGGAUGGAGCACCAGUCUGGCGACGCUGAGACGCGAAUUUGUCGACGGAAGGGGCUACACGGAACAAGCACUCAACCGGGCAUUGGUGGUUAUGCAACGACGAGAAACCGUUCAAAUCCGGUCCGGUGGCUCACAAGUAUACCGACACGGUGUCUAG